AUUUUCUAAGAGGGGAAAGUAAUUGAACUGGUCAUUAAAACUAAUUAUUUAUCUGCUCUUUUCCGGCUCUAAAUAAAUGGGAAUGAUUUUGACCGACUAAGGCUGCUUCAUUCUGUGAAACUCACAUUGUUUGUGUACUAUUGGAGGGCCUCUUUAGGGGGUAAAUUUGCUUUUUCUGUGUUUGCCAGUAGUGAUUUCUGUUUCGUACAGAACCUUGCAUUUGGAUUAUCUUCAUCUUUAACUGGCCAGGGUUAAACAUUCCAGGUGAUUAGUAGUUUUUCCUGGUCUUUACUUAUCACCUCAUAGUAGGGUUUCAAGUUUUAAAGCUGAAGAUAUUGGUCCCGGAGAUAGUCUAGUGUUUUUGUGCCUGAAUGUGUUGGGCCUCUCAGGGCCUGUGUUCUCAGCGUUAACAAAUAAGCUGCAGUUCUCAGGAGACCAGUGGGGCUUGUUUGUUGAUCCUGCAUUCUUAUCCAGAGGAAGGAGUCUUUCAGAAUGUCCAGGGAAGGGGUGUUUGUGAACCGAAGUUUAGCCAUGGAAAAAAUAAAGUGUUUUGGUUUUGAUAUGGAUUAUACUCUUGCCGUGUACAAGUCUCCAGAAUAUGAGUCCCUUGGCUUUGAGCUUACUGUGGAGAGAUUAGUUUCCAUUGGCUAUCCUCAGGAGCUGCUCAGCUUUGCAUAUGACUCUACAUUCCCUACCAGAGGACUUGUCUUUGACACGCUCUAUGGAAAUCUUUUGAAAGUCGAUGCCUAUGGAAACCUCUUGGUGUGUGCACAUGGAUUUAACUUCAUAAGAGGACCAGAAACUAGAGAGCAGUAUCCAAAUAAAUUUAUCCAACGGGACGACACUGACCGGUUUUACAUUCUGAACACACUCUUCAAUCUCCCAGAGACCUACCUGUUGGCCUGCCUAGUAGAUUUUUUUACUAAUUGUCCCAGAUACACCAGUUGUGACACAGGAUUUAAAGAUGGGGACCUCUUCAUGUCCUACCGUAGUAUGUUCCAGGAUGUAAGAGAUGCAGUAGACUGGGUCCAUUACAAGGGCUCCCUUAAGGAGAAGACAGUUGAAAACCUUGAGAAGUAUGUAGUCAAGGAUGGCAAGUUGCCGUUGCUUCUGAGCCGAAUGAAGGAAGUAGGGAAAGUGUUUCUGGCCACUAACAGUGACUAUAAGUACACAGACAAAAUCAUGACUUACCUGUUUGAUUUCCCACAUGGCCCCAAGCCCGGGAGCUCCCACCGGCCGUGGCAGUCCUACUUUGACCUGAUUUUGGUGGAUGCUCGGAAACCACUCUUUUUUGGAGAAGGCACAGUGCUACGUCAGGUGGACACGAAAACUGGAAAACUGAAAAUUGGCACCUACACGGGCCCCCUGCAGCAUGGCAUUGUCUACUCAGGAGGUUCAUCUGAUACAAUCUGUGACCUGUUGGGAGCUAAGGGCAAAGACAUUUUGUAUAUUGGAGAUCACAUUUUUGGAGACAUUCUGAAGUCAAAGAAACGUCAAGGGUGGAGAACUUUCUUGGUGAUUCCUGAGCUGGCGCAGGAGCUCCACGUCUGGACUGACAAAAGUUCACUCUUUGAAGAACUUCAAAGCUUGGAUAUUUUCUUGGCUGAACUCUACAAGCACCUGGACAGCAGUAGCAAUGAGCGCCCGGACAUUAGUUCCAUCCAGAGACGGAUUAAGAAAGUAACUCAUGACAUGGACAUGUGCUACGGGAUGAUGGGAAGCCUGUUCCGUAGCGGUUCCCGGCAGACACUCUUUGCCAGCCAAGUGAUGCGCUACGCUGAUCUCUAUGCGGCCUCAUUCAUCAACCUGCUGUACUACCCAUUCAGCUACCUCUUCAGAGCUGCCCAUGUCCUGAUGCCGCAUGAGUCAACGGUGGAGCACACACACGUGGAUAUCAAUGAGAUGGAGUCCCCUCUCGCCACCCGCAACCGCACGUCAGUGGAUUUCAAAGACACUGACUAUAAGCGACACCAGCUUACAAGGUCCAUUAGUGAGAUCAAGCCCCCCAACCUCUUCCCACUGGCUCCCCAGGAAAUCACACACUGCCAUGAUGAAGAUGAUGAUGAAGAGGAGGAAGAGGAAGAAUAAGAAGGCAGACUAGAAACCCCAAGCACCCAUCAAGUCUGUCAGACUCAUGGGGCGAGGGGUGGCCUUGUUUGGAUUCUGUUAGGGAGGGUGGGAGGACUCCAUCUGAAGUCCUGGAAAGUUUGGAAAGUUUCUCAAGGCUUUAAAUAAUUCUAAUCAUAGCUAUUUCAGUUUUGUGUAUCUGUUCUCUGCAGAUGGUUUGAAACUGUAUAGGAAGAACAGGUAAAGGCAGGUGGAGUGCAUGUAGAAUGCACCAUGUGGCUGGUGAUGAUUUUCUGCGUCUGUUCUCAUCGGUGUGUCAUCUGGACGUAGGAAGGUAGUAAAUGGUUUCAGACAGAGCCACAGGACUGGUAGGACGAGGAGAUCCACAGAUGCUGUAUACUACCACUGCUUCAAACCCCACGUGUCCAGUGCAUUACAGUGUUGCUUAUCAGUGGAGAAAUACAUGCUUUCAUUACCAAGUGUACUCAGCCCUCUGUUGAGGCCAGGUUUCCUUCCAUUAGCUUUUGGGUUUCCUUGGUGGCUCUGGCAAGACUGCUGCCGUGUCAGACGGUGCCUUUUUGGGUUUCCUUGCUGUAGGUGAUUCUAGACUAGGGAUUAGAAUUUGCGGCAGAAGUUACCAUCCUUGCUACAAUUUUUAAAGUUGGUAGCACAAAUGCUUUUUGUUCUAUACAAACAAUCCUUUUGGGGAAUGUACCUGAAGAGUACAGAGGAGCAAGUUCCCAGCAGCAGCCAUGGUUCCAGCCAGAGCUGCCUCAGCUUCUUGGCCUGCAGGCUCACCCUCCUCCUCGACACAGAGACGGAGUUAGUUCCACAGCCAGAGCUGCCUCAGCUUCUUGGCCUGCAGGCUCACCCUCCUCCUCGACACAGAGACGGAGUUAGUUCCAGUGACAGAGUGUGAAGGCUGUGCCUGCUCUGCCAGUGCAGGGAGUUGUCCAGCACUUGAGUUAGUGUUAGAGAUUCUUACUUUAACUUUGAUUUGCCUUCUUCCAUUCUUGGCCCUGGUCACUAGGGUAUUGGCUGUUCUAGAACUCAGUAAAAUGUAGGUCUAAUGCUGACAUUGGCCUUUGAUAGUACAACUAUCAGCUGUCACAGCUAUUGCUCUUCAACUGGCUUUAGGGUUGGUGUUCUUUUUAAGGGAAAUACAUUUUCAAAUUUGCUAACCA